CGCGGAUCGAGCGCGCUCGCGGGCAGGGCGCUGCGCCAGACGUUGGCGCGCGCGUCGUCGCUGUCGACGGCCGCCACCUCCUCGGCCCCCGCCGCCGCUGCGGCCAACGUGGAGGCCGUCGCCUGGUCGCCCGAGAAGAAGCGCACGGGGCUGCUGGCCGUCAAGAUCGGCAUGAUGCCCGUGUGGGACCACUUCGGCUACCGCCACAACUGCACGGUGCUGCAGGUGGAGGAGUGCCAGGUGACGCAGGUGAAGACGGCAGACCGCCACGGCUUCAACGCGCUGCAGCUCGGCGUGGGUCUGCGCAAGGCCAAGAACGUGAGCAAGCCCGUGCUGGGCCACCUGGCCAAGGCCGGCGUGCCGGCCAAGCGCCAGCUGCAGGAGUUCCGCGUGUCCGAGGACGCGCUGCUGCCGCUGGGCACCACGCUCUCGGCGCUGCACUUCAACGCCGGCCAGUUCGUGGACGUGUGCGGCAUCAGCAAGGGCAAGGGCUUCCAGGGUGUCAUGAAGCUGCACAACUUCGCGGGCCAGCCGGCCUCGCACGGUAACUCCAAGACGCAGCGCCACAUGGGUUCGACCGGCCAGUGCCAGGACCCCGGCAAGGUGUUCAAGGGCAAGAAGAUGCCCGGCCGCAUGGGCGGCAACCGCGUCACGCGCGACAACCUGUGGAUUGCCAAGAUCGACGUGGAGCGCAACCUCAUCUACGUCAAGGGCAGCGUGCCCGGCAACAACGGCAGCAUUGUGCGCGUCACGGACGCGCGCAAGAAGAAGCCGGCAUCACCGCUCCCGUACCCGACCUUCGUGCCGGCGGAGGGCGAUGCUCUGCCGUCGGAGGUCAUGGCGCCGCACGGCGACGUUGACCCGUACCACUACGACGAGAAUUAGAGAAGGAACAGCGAGGACUGGCAAGCAGCUUGGGACUGACGACAGAGCGUCUAUCGGUAGAGUGAGCCCGCGGGCUCGCGUGGGUGGACGCUCCUAUGCGGAAAUCGAAAUUGUGUUUGCCAUCUU